AUGGUGUUUUCUAUGUGGUCUGUGAGGUAUCCCUUAAAUUUGACCCGGUUCAGUUUGAUUCCUGAAAAGACAGCAUAUUUAUGGGACCGGUAUGCUAUUCACGCGUCACCAUGUAUACUACAAAAGCUUUAUAAUGGAAAACAACUUGAGCCAGGUUACGUCUUCAAUGGUAUAAAGCUUAGCAAAUAUGAAGGUUUCAACGAUUAUUUGGCUUAUAAAGUCGCUAAUGAAGCACUUGCUGAAGGUAAAAAUUCAAGUCCAAAAACAUUAACAACGUUUUAUAGCAGCACAGGUGAGUUGGAACUUGUGGAAAAUACUAGAAAAAUUCCAUCAUUUGAAGCUAUAUCUGAUGUUGAUGAUGUAAUGUUUACUGGCGUUGAAGCCGACUCAGAUGACGAGCAAAUCAUCAGAGCUACAAAAUUUAAAGGUCAAGGGACAAGCCAAAAACAUGUUAAAGAAGAAAUCAAAAAAAUAUUCCAUUCUGCUCCAGAAUAUGAUGAUGGAUCUUUAGCACCUAUAAUACUUAGACUCUCAUGGCACUGUUGCGCAACAUUUGAUUCAAAUAGCAAGACCGGUGGUUCAAACGGGUCCACUAUGAGAUAUGUUCCUGAAAUUACAGAUGAAGGUAAUACUGGACUUGAUAUUGCCCGGGCUGCCCUUGAACCAGUAAAACAAAAGUUUCCAUUAAUUACAUAUUCAGAUUUGUGGACCUUAGCUGGGGUCCUUGCACUUGAGAGUAUGUGCGACCCAGUGAAAGUGGCACAAUUGAAUAUUAAUUGGAUGCCCGGCCGAACCGAUUGUAUUGAUAACUCAAAAGUACCACCUAAUGGUCGUUUACCUUUUGCUUACAAAGAUGCCAAUCAUGUAAGAUCCACAUUUCAUCGUAUGGGAUUUGAUGUGCCUCAAACCGUUGCACUUUGUGGAGCCCAUUGCAUUGGUAGAUGUCACAAACGGUUUAGUGGCUGGGAGGGGAAAUGGACCCAUAACCCCGUAUUGUUUACAAACGAGUUCUUCCGUGCUCUAAUAAACGAGGAAUGGAUCAGUGGUAUUGUUCCAGAGACAGGAAGGCAACAAUAUUAUAACUCCGAUAAACUGUUAAUGAUGCUUAAUACAGAUAUUGAGUUAACAAUGGAUUCGGAACUUAGAUUCUGGGUAGAGAAGUACGCAAAUGAUGAGAAAUUAUUCUUCCAAAUGUUUUCAAUUGCAUUCAGCAAAUUGUUAGAGUUGGGUAUUGAAAGAGACCCUAUAACGUUAGAAAUAAUUCAUUCCAGUUGA